GAGUCGAUCUGGCUGAGAUGGGGGUAGAUGAGAGCUUGUUUCUCACCUACCGCGACUACGCUGAGGCAGUGGCUGGCCGCCGUCCGAGCCCUCUCUUCCCUCAAGGUAUGUCAUCAUAGGUCACCCUGUAAUUCCUAAUGCAUUAUACUGACUCCAUUGGCAGGUGGAUUUCGCCUGAAGGGCAUCCAGUACCCCCUUUCCGGUCUUCGUGUGGUGGGCGCGAAGAUUGUAGAAGCUGGCUACUGCUCUGUCGUCCCGUCCUCUUUGGCAUCUUGGGGUGCUCCGCAGCCUCUCUUCUCCACUCCUCCCGUUGCUCCCACGGUGGAGUUCACGGCGCCCUCCGCUCCUCUCGCUCUUCCCGCUGCCCCUGGGGCCCCCGCGAUGGGCUUCACGACGUUCUCCGCUCCCUCUGCUCCUGUUCAGGAGGUAUCGCAGAUCUCCUGGCCUACUCAAGAGCCAGCCCCUGCUCCUUUCUCGACCUCUUCUGUCGGCUUCGUGCCCUUGCCUGCUCCUCCUGUGGCACCGCAACAGCCCCUGGACGCCUCCGCGCCUACCUCCAAGGCCGCUACUCCUGCUGCACCUGUUGCACCGGUUGCAGCUCCACGUGGUAAGGGCGAGGAUGUCCAAAAGCCGACUGAGAGUGAGAUGAAGGAGCUGGCGGUGGCCUUCCAGCAGUCAAAGAAGCCUGGGAGCUUUGGGGUGAAGGGCAAAGUUGCACCAGCAGCACUUCCUACGGGAG